AUGUCUUGCGCUACCUGCUCAAGCAGAGAUCUUAUAGAAGUCAGCUCGGCCGCCACACCAUCUUGGGAGGAGCACCUAGCAUCCGCACCAUCAGGUCCUGAUUUAAGGAUUGUGAUGAUUGGAAAAACUGGUGUGGGCAAGAGUGCUUCUGGAAACACCAUCCUGGGACGCAAGGAUUUCCCAUCUCGCCCUUCAUCUGAGUCAUUGACUGAGGACUGUGAAAAAAGUGUGACACAGUGGGGUAGCAGAGUAAUAAGUGUUGUAGACACACCAGGGAUCCUGGACACUUUAAAAUCAGAUGACUUCAUCAAAAGAGAAAUCAUGAGAUGUGUCCGCCUCUCCUGUCCCGGUCCUCAUGUGUUCCUGUUGGUCAUCCAAAUCGGCCGAUUCACAAGAGAAGAGAAAAACUCAGUGGAAGCCCUGCAGCAGCUGUUUGGCCCCGAGGCAAACAAGUACAUGAUUGUGCUCUUCAACCGUGGUGGUGAUCUUGGAGGCAUAUCCAUAGAGCAGUAUGUACGUGACGCUGAACCAGGGCUUAAACGCAUCAUCGAAAGCUGUGGAAACAGGUACCACGUCUUUGACAACACCAGCAAAGACAGAACGCAGGUGGUGGAGCUGGUCAAGAAGAUUGAUGACAUGAUGGCAAGAAACGGGGCCACAUGCUACACAGAUGUCGUAAAGAGGUGA